GUUAGUUUAUAGUUUCUUUUAUUGAAGUUUAUUGAAGUGGGACUGUGUACUGACCAUAUCCUCUGCAGAUAUUUGUCGUACUCACUAUUUGGCAUAUGACCGAGUAGCUACCAUGUAUGUUAACAACUUGGGUAGUCUCAAUAGAUCACCUCCACAUGAUGUUCUUCACACCAUGAAACCAAAGGGGUUUGAUGUUAUGGUUAUCAGUGAUUUCGAGAGGAGCUAUCUUUCCAAGGCUAUUAAACAAUGCUAGGGACAGACUUUUAGUGUAGGCACCUGUGCUUAGCUGAGGACUAGUUUGGAUAGGCUGGAUCUAAGUGAGAUUAGAUGGCUCAAGAAGGUCUUAUUGCCGCUUUGGACCAGCCGAAAUGUGACCACAAGGCCCUCUGAUGACAAGUUCUUUGGACUGUCCAUGUACAAAAAGAGUAAAAUGAUGAACUCAAGUGACUCUGAGAGUGAUCGGGAUGAAGAACCUGAAAGGUUUGAGAUGCAGAAUCCAUUCUUUUUUAAUGAAGGAACUAUUAACAACUACCCUCGCAAAAAAAGUUUGAACACCUUCGUUGCUGAUUUCAAAGUUGAUAUUUCUACAUUGAAAGGAAAAUUCGGCGAAUUCCUUGAAUGGUUGGAAACGGUGGAAUGUGUCUUCGACUUCAAAGAAGCGGCAACAACAACAAAACCUUAUACCAUUAGGUGGGUUAGGCUACAUGGACCAAACGACACCAUUAGGCCCUAUCGUGUAUCAUAUCUGUGGUGAGAUGAUUCAUUCACGCGAAGGCGCCCCUUGACCACUUUGUGCCAACUCUUCUUAGGUCUACCUCUUCCUCUAGCCGCAUGUCUAUUCACUAUUUGAUCAACCCCUUCCGGAUGCUCUAUUGGUCUUCUCUCCACAUGUCCAAAACACUUAAGACGAGUUUCCUCCAUCUUUUCUACAAUAGGUGUCACUCCAACUUUAGCUCUCAUAUCUUCAUUCUUUAUUCUAUCCAUAUGCGUAUAACCGCUCAUCCAUCGAAGCAUCUUCAUUUUCACCACACUAACCUUUUGACCUCAAAGAAGUGCCGAACCAAAAAAAGGUGAAGAUCGUGGCCCUUAAGUUCAGAAAGUAUCCUUCCACGUGGUGGAAAAGGGCCGAUAAGAUCAUGGCAAAGAAUGAGGCGUCUCAUGAAGGAGAAGUUUCUUCCCGCAUACUACUUGCAAGCAUGCAAAACUUCAUAGUUUAAAGCUAGGAAGUAAGUCGGUUGAAGAAUUCACCCGAGAUUUUGAGCAACUUUUGCUUAAAUGUGAUCUCACGGUCUCAAAGAUAACAUUUCUAAUAUCGUUGAACUUAAUACUUGUGAAACUUUAGAAGAAUUAAGUGUUUUUGGCCCACAAAGUCGAAAAAUUCAACCGCCCAUUUUUUACUUUCAACACUUUUCUUACACUCCAUGAAGUCAAACUAGGACGAUUAAUUUGGGGUGGAGGGAGUAUUCAUUAUUCAAAUUUCUGGCCAUUCUAUUUGAACUCCAUUUGCAUGAAAUAUAGACCUUAUUUAUCUUUUAACAUGGACAUGAUUACCUAUCAGAAAAUUUGUUCGUUUACUCAUAGACACAUUCCAGGAUUGCAGUCAUGUCUGGCCGAAGCCGUCUGCCACCACGCCAACCUGAUAAUUUUAAAGGAUACCGUGAUGGUCCAACACCACUACAGCCUGUUAUGCAAAGAGGACCGCCCCCCCUCCCUCCUCAUCCUGCUGCCCUCGAAGAGGAACUUGAAAUUCAGCGCAGAGAUAUGGAGAGAAUUCUUGCCGAGAAUAGAUACAUACUUGAUGAGAAUGUGAUGCUUGAAAGGGAAUUAACUGCCACGAAAGAUAAGAUUAUAAGAUUUAGCCAGUCCAUUUCAAAACUGCAUGCUGACAAUGAGGCUGAGGCAAGGGAGUAUAUUGACAGAGAAUUGAAGCUAGAAACAGAGCUUCACUCUGCUGAACCUCUGCGGGCAGAAGUUGGGUCUCUCAGAAAUGAACUCCAAAAAUUAACUGCUUUGCAAAAUGAGUUAUCUACCCAAGUUCAAAGUUUAACAAAGGAUCUUAAUAAACUGCACUCUGAGAAUAAGAAACUUUCUGCCAUGAAGGCUGAGGUUGAUGAGAUGCACAAAGAGCUUGAUGGAGCAAGGAGAGAACUUGAGCAUGAGAAGAAAGAAAACAAGGAGCUCAUGGUGCAAAACAAAGCAAUGCAGAAUGAUUUUUUCUCCAUGGUUCGGGAACUUGAAACAUUACGAACCGAGCAGAUGGCUGCUGAGAGGAAAGCCCGGGGAAUCGGUGUUGGACCAUAUGGAAUGUUGAGCGGGAGUCUUGAUGUGGGUUAUCCGGGUAGUUUGUAUAGUGAUCCAUAUAAUUCUGGAGCUUGGGGACCCAAUGGCCGGAGAGGUCCUCCAAGACAUUAAUUUAUGUAGAAAGCUAUGGCGAAAGAAAUUGAAUACUUUUGACUUUGGUUAUGUAGUUCCUAUGUUCUUGAGAAUUUGCUAUUUGUAUCUCACUGCUCUUGGUUAACUUUAAACGGUUAUUGUCUUUCUAAUGUACUAUUAUUUGUUACUAUUAACAUUGUUUCUACCACAGGAGAACUGCGUAAUCUUAACAUCGAAUUCAAGCAAUGUUGAGAUUAUACUGCAUUUUUGUAUACUUCCCAAGACAUCUUUUUAUUGGUUAUGUUAGGGGAUUCUAAAAUUUGAAGACUAGAAAUGAAUUGGUGAUGUUUUA